UUCUACAGCUUCUCUCUAAAAUCUCCGCUACGUUUGCUUCCCUUUCACUAAGCGAUUCCGAUUCCGAUUCAAUCCAUCUUAAUGAUGCCUUCUUCCGAUCCAUCAGAUAAGGACUCCGAGCCGUUCGUGGAAACGGAUCCCACCGGCAGAUACGGCCGUUACGACGAGCUAUUAGGCUCAGGCGCCGUCAAAAAAGUCUACAGAGCCUUCGACCAAGAGGAAGGCAUCGAAGUCGCGUGGAACCAAGUCAAGCUCAGCUGCUUCUCCGACGACCCCGCCAUGACCGAGAGGCUUUACUCGGAGGUGAGGCUCCUCAAGAGCCUCAAGAACAGCAGCAUCAUCGCCUUGUACAAGGUGUGGAGAGACGAGAGGAGUAAUACUUUGAACUUCAUCACUGAGAUUUGUACAUCGGGAAACUUGAGAGAGUAUAGGAAGAAGCAUAGACACGUGUCAAUGAGAGCUUUGAAGAAGUGGUCUAAGCAGAUACUUAAAGGAUUGGUUUAUCUCCACACGCAUGAUCCUUGCAUCAUCCAUAGAGAUCUCAACUGCAGCAACGUUUUCGUUAAUGGAAACAUCGGUCAGGUUAAGAUUGGCGAUCUUGGAUUGGCUGCAAUCGUGGGGAAGAACCAUUCAGCUCACUCGAUCCUCGGCACACCAGAGUUUAUGGCGCCUGAGCUGUACGACGAGUAUUACACUGAGAUGAUUGACAUUUACUCGUACGGGAUGUGCGUUUUGGAGCUUGUGUCGCUCGAGAUUCCCUACAGCGAAUGCGAUAGCGUGGCCAAGAUAUACAGAAAGGUGACCAGUGGAGUCAAGCCAGAGGCUCUGAAGAAAGUGAAUGAUGUGGAAGCCAAGGCCUUUAUUGAGAAGUGCAUCAAUGCGAAACCCAAGGCGAGACCUUCUGCAGCUGAGCUUCUUCGUGACCCGUUUUUUGAUGGAAUUGUAGAUGAUGAUGAUGAUGAAAACAAUGAUGAUAAUAACGGAACUAGUCGUGUUGUUUCUUGAUGAUGGAUGAAUACAUACAUUGACUAGUUUAUUUGGAAUCUUUGAGAAAGUUUUGUAAAUUGUAUUUUGUUUUAUGCUCUACCUGACGCACA